CAGUUCCAGCCUUCAUCAUAAAUGGCGGGAAAACAUCGUCUGUUCUGUUCUAGGGUUUUCCCAGGAACAACCACAAGUGCUCAUCCCUCCGAAGAAUCAUCUCCCUCAAACCACCUAAUAGUGAGAGAGAAGAGAUGCCGAUUUACAAGAUCAGGGGAGUCGAUGUGGAUUUCCCGUACGAGGCCUACGAUUGCCAGCUCGUUUACAUGGAAAAAGUUAUCCAAGCUCUUCAAGAAAAAAGUAAUGCAUUACUGGAGAGCCCAACUGGAACUGGAAAAACCUUGUGUCUCCUUUGUGCUACACUGGCUUGGAGGAAGAGUUUGGGAGGCUUCUCUACCUGUAGGAGUGAAAGAAGUGGUUGUCACAUGGGAAGCAAACUUUCUGAUGGACCACUAUCGCAGUCUGAACCUUCAAAUCUACCCACAAUAAUAUACGCCUCACGGACACAUAGCCAGCUUCGGCAAGUUAUUCAAGAGUUGAAAAGAACAAAUUAUAGGCCCAAAAUGGUUGUAUUAGGAUCUCGUGAGCAGUUAUGCAUUCAUGAAGAAGUGAGUUUGCUCCGUGGAAGGACCCAGACAAAUGCCUGCCAUUCUCUUUGUAAAAAGCGCACAAAGCGAUAUUGCUCCCAUUUUCCUCGUGUAGCAGAGUUCAUGAAAGAAAAUCCCGAUCUUGGAGAUGAACCUAUAGACAUAGAAGAGCUGGUCAACAUUGGAAAAAGCUGCGGACCGUGCCCAUAUUAUGUGUCACGAGAGCUCCACAAAGUUGCUGAUAUCAUGUUUGCACCAUAUAACUAUCUUAUAGAACGCGGAAACAGGAAAUCUCUCUCAGUUAGAUGGAAUGACAGCAUACUGAUUUUUGAUGAAGCUCACAACUUGGAAAGCUUAUGUGCGGAUGCUGCGUCCUUUGACCUGUCUUCAUGGAUUCUAACGGCCUGCAUUUCUGAAGCCAAAAAUUGUAUAGAUCUUGCCAUAGCAAGGAGGGAUAAAUCAAAUGACAAAUCAUGCAAUCCAGAUGAUUUUGCUAUUCUUAGAGCACUUCUUCUAAAGCUUGAGAAGAGGAUUGCUGAAGUCCCUAUUGAAUCCAAAGAUUUAGGAUUUACAAAGCCAGGGCCUUACAUUUAUGAACUACUUGCUGAUCUGAAUAUCACAUAUAAAACUGCCACAAUGCUGAUUGGAACAAUUGAAGAAGCAGCUCUUCUUCUUGAGGAAGGUGCAAAUGUCGCUGAUAAUGAAGGGCCACGCAAGAUGAAGGGAAUUGUAUGCAGGUUGGAAAGUAUGGGUGACAUUCUAAAGUUAAUCUUCAGAGAUGGCAGUACAUCUCAUGCUGGAUAUUAUCGUUUUCACGUUCAGGAAGUUGAGGCAAGUGAUACAGCUGCUUUUAAAGGAAAGGCAUCUAGGACACUCAGUUGGUGGUGUUUUAAUCCAGGACUUGCCAUGGAUUCAUUCUCUCAGUUGGGUGUUGGAUCAAUCAUUUUGACAUCGGGCACAUUAUCUCCAAUGGAUUCAUUUGCUCAUGAGUUUAAAUUAGAAUUUCCUAUUCGUUUGGAGAACCCUCAUGUUAUAUCAGCAAACCAGAUUUGGGUUGGUGUUGUACCAUCUGGUCCAUCUGGCUAUGCUUUUAACUCCUCAUAUCGGAGCCGCGAUUUGGUAGAAUACAAACUGGAGCUUGGGAAUGCUAUUGUCAAUUUUGCUCGCAUUGUACCGGAUGGCCUGCUAGUGUUUUUUCCAUCUUACUAUCUUAUGGACCAAUGUAUCGGAUGCUGGAAGAAUAUGAAUCCUACUAACUUAACAAAUUCGAGCACAGUCUGGGAGAGAAUUUGCAAAUAUAAGCAGCCUGUUGUAGAACCUAGGCAAUCAUCGCUUUUCCCCUUGGCAAUUGAUGACUUUAUGACUAAGUUGAAGGACUCAUCAACUUCUGGUGCAGUCUUCUUUGCGGUUUGUCGAGGCAAGGUUAGUGAAGGGUUAGAUUUUGCAGACCAUGCUGGGAGAGCUGUGGUGGUCACUGGUAUGCCAUUUGCCCCGAGGACUGAUCCAAAGGUCCGCUUAAAACGAGAGUACUUGGAUCAACAUACACAGUCAAAUCAGAUAGGAUCCAAGGUUCUGACUGGAGAAGAGUGGUACAGUCAACAAGCUUCACGGGCUGUGAAUCAGGCUGUAGGUCGUGUGAUUCGGCAUCGCCAUGAUUAUGGUGCAAUUAUCUUUUGUGAUGAAAGAUUUGCAUAUCCAAGUCGUCAGUCCCAGAUAUCACUUUGGAUACAACCUCAUAUCAAGGGUUACUCCAAAUUUGGGGAAGUAGUUUUCACAUUGACGCGUUUUUUCCGAGAUGGAGCAACUCGUGGUCCAACGAAGCUGGAACUAACAGGAAGUGAAGAUCAUGGAAAUGCAAAUAGAUUGAAAACUGCCCAGUCUCUGGACAAACUUCGGCUCGAAAAAUUUAUUGCUCCAUUGGUACAUCUUGGCAUUUUUUUUGAGUGCAAAGUUAAACGGAAUUUAUGUUUAUUCUCAACAUUUCCUCUUUCUUUCUGA